AUGCAACAGAAAGUAUUUAGCGACAACGCAACCAACUUUGUCGGCGCCGACCGCAAGCUGCGCGAGCUGAAGGAGGCAUUCCUAGCGCAAGUCCCAGAACUAAUGGGGUUCUCGGCCGAAAAAAGUUUCAGCUUCGGCUUUAUACCACCCAGGGCGCCGCACUUCGGCGGAUUAUGGGAGGCGGCCGUGAAGUCCUCCAAGCAUCUCAUCGUUCGCGCACUCGGCAACGCUCUACUCACGACGGAAGAGCUCUCAACACUACUGGCCGAAGUGGAGGCCGUUUUGAAUUCUCGUCCCCUAGCACCGUUGGGACAGGACCCCAACGACGGAGAAGCACUAACUCCAGCGCACCUUCUAAUCGGUUGCCGUCUGCGAGCACUGCCACCAGCACAACAACAGUUUUGGCGACAGUGGUUCAAAACCUACAUGACGGGCCUUCAGGAUCCCAAUAAGUGGCUGCACCCCACACGAAAUCUGCAUGUCAACGACCUCGUCCUCGUCCACGAGGACAACGUGCCGCCACAGCAGUGGGUACUCGGACGCGUCGUCGCAACCGUCGAAGGCAAAAACGGCAAGGUACGAAUGGCAGACGUGGCAACCAAGGCGGGCACCAUUAAGCGCCCAAUUCACAAACUCGCAUUACUGCCCAUGGAAGUUGAAGGAUCCUGA